UUAGAUCAACUGAAGAUCAACAAUGAAAAACAGAACCAUGUUUAGUGAGUUUAUUCUAUUAGGCCUCACAAAUCAACCUGAACUCCAAGCAGUAAUAUUCCUCUUUCUGUUCCUCACCUACAUGCUAAGUGUCCUAGGAAAUCUGACUAUCAUCACCCUCACCUUACUAGACCCCCACCUCCAGACUCCCAUGUAUUUCUUCCUCCGGAAUUUCUCCUUUUUAGAAAUUUCCUUCACAUCCAUUUUUAUUCCCAGAUUUCUGACCAGCAUGACAACAGGAAAUAAAGUCAUCAGCUUUGCUGGAUGCUUGGCUCAAUAUUUCUUCGCUAUAUUUCUCGGGGCAACAGAGUUUUACCUCCUGGCCUCCAUGUCCUAUGAUCGCUAUGUCGCCAUCUGCAAACCCUUGCAUUACCUGACCAUUAUGAGCAGCAGAGUCUGUAUACAACUUGUGUUCUGCUCCUGGCUGGGAGGAUUCUUAGCUAUCUUACCUCCAAUCAUCCUAAUGAGCCAGGUAGAUUUCUGUGCCUCCAAUAUACUGAAUCACUAUUACUGCGACUAUGGGCCUCUCAUGGAGCUUGCCUGCUCAGACACAAGCUUCUUAGAAGUGAUGGUCAUACUCUUGGCUGUUGUGACUCUAGUGGUUACUCUGGUGUUCGUGACACUAUCUUACACAUACAUUAUCAGGACCAUUCUCAGGAUCCCUUCUGCCCAGCAAAGGACAAAGGCUUUUUCCACCUGCUCCUCCCACAUGAUUGUCAUCUCCCUCUCUUAUGGCAGCUGUAUGUUUAUGUACAUUAAUCCUUCUGCAAAAGAAGGAGGUGCUUUCAACAAAGGGAUAGCGAUACUCAUUACUUCAGUUACACCCUUGUUGAACCCCUUCAUUUAUACUCUAAGAAAUCAUCAAGUGAAGCAAGCUUUCAAGGAUGCCAUCAAGAAGAUUGUGAAAUCUUAAAAAAACAGAAUACAUUUCAACAAAAAAUAUAUAUAUUUUCACUUAACAAAUAUGCAUUAAGUGUCUAUAUGUCAAGCUCUUAAGUGUCCCU